UAAAACAGUAAACUCUAUAGGUAAUAAAUAUAGUCAUCGAAUUCCAAAAGUCAGUUAGCAGUUAUUCAGAGUUCAGUUGCAUUGCGCGCUCUCUCUCUCCACACAACAAGGUACUGUUACAGUCCCAUACCUGUCACCAUUCUCCAAAAUGAAAAGAACUCUGGAAGAGAUGGAGAAAGGGGAACCUCCUGCUGAUGAUAAAAUAAUUGCGGUUGAUGACCCGAAACCUCUUGAGGAUGAUCCAAAAUCACCUUCCUUUGAGCCAAAAUUACCCAAGGAAGAUCCAAAGUCACCUGAGCCAAAAUCACUCGGGGAAGAUCCAAAGUCACUUUAUGCUGAGCUGUACUCCGCUGAUGAUGAUCCGAAAUCACCAUCUGCUGAACCAAAAUUACCUGAUGAGACCUAUAGUGACCUGCUGAUGAGACAAAAUCACCCGAUCAGAAGCCAGAAUAGCCUGCUGAUGAGACAAAAUCACCUGAUCAGAAGCCAGAAUAGCCUGCUGAUGAGACAAAAUCACCCGAUCAGAAGCCAGAAUAGCCUGCUGAUGAGACAAAAUCACCCGAUCAGAAGCCAGAAUAGCCUGCUGAUGAGACAAAAUCACCUGAUCAGAAGCCAGAAUAGCCUGCUGAUGAGACAAAAUCACCUGAUCAGAAGCCAGAAUAGCCUGCUGAUGAGACAGACACCGAAUGAGGGCACUGCUAAUGCUGCUGAGACAAGCAAGAGUUUUGAUAUAUCAUUGGUCGCAAGCUAUAUUGCAAAAGAAGAGGCAUUGUUGAACGCGGAUAAAUUUGCUGCUGCCGAAGAAGAAGCUAGAGUAGCUCAUGCAGCUGCUGAAAAAGAAGCUAGAAAACAAGCUAAAGAAGCUCGUGCAGCUGCUAGGGCGGAAGUGAAAGCAAAGGAAAAACAGGAGAGAGAAAGACUCCAAGAACUGUUUGAACAACAAGAUGUAGACAUUAUGAACUGA